UGGCCAGACUCGAUUUGGGACAUCAGUUGAGUUUCGCUUAGGGUUCAGGUAGCAUCAUUACCACUGCCAUUAUCACCAUGAAGCUGUACGUUUGCGUGGCCUUUGUUGCCCUUAUGGCCCUCUCGGCCCCGGCCCCAUCGGAGGCCCUGUUGGGCGCCAAGCUCGCCCUUCUCAAGGCCAUUGGCGGCGGCCUGGGCGGCGGCUCCGGUUCCGGUGGAUACGGCAGCUCCGGCUCCGGCUACGGCAGCGGCGGCUACUCCGGCGGCUACAAUCAAGGAUACUACAGCCAGCCCAGCCGCCCGGUCUAUAACUCCGGCUACGGCAGCUCCUCCUCCAGCUCGUCCUCCUCGUCCUACGGCGGCGGUUAUGGCGGCGGCUACGGAGGCGGUUAUGGAGGCGGCUACGGAGGCGGCGAGCAGGUUAUCAAGGUCAUCAAGGUGAUCGAGCAGCCCUCGUACCGCUCCUCCGGCUAUGGCGGCGGCUACGGCGGCAGCUACUCCUCGUCCAGUGCCAGUGCCUCUUCCAGCGCCAGCUCCUCUGGAUACUCUGCACCCGCUGUGUCUUACUCCGCUCCAGCUCCUGCUCCUGCCGUGACCUACUCGGCCCCUGCCCCGGCUGUGACUUACUCUGCUCCAGCUCCCGCUGUGACCUACUCCGCUCCAGCUCCUGCUGUGACUUACUCUGCUCCUGCCCCGGCUGUGACUUACUCCGCUCCAGCUCCCGCUCCUGCAGUCACCUACUCCGCUCCCGCUCCUGCCGUCACCUACUCGGCUCCUGCCCCUGCUCCCGCUGUGACCUACACCGCUCCCGCUCCGGCUCCAGUUUCCGUGGUCCGCUACAGCGCUCCCGCUCCUGCCCCCGCCCCAGUGGUGCGUUACACCGCUCCUGCUCCCGCUCCCGUGGUGCGCUACGCCGCCCCUGCUCCGGCCCCAGUUGCCAUCCCCGCCCCCGCCCCCGUGGUCAUCUCCGCGCCUGCCCCCGCCCCCGUGGUGAUCCCCGCACCCGCUCCCGUGGUGGCCCCCGCCCCCAUCAACUACGCCCCCCAGAGCCAGCAGGUGGUGAAGACCAUCAAGCUGAUCGUGGACGAGGACCACGCCCCCGCCCCAGUCUACGGACCCCCAGCUCCAGUGGCCACCGGCUACUCCAGCAGCGCCUCGGCUAGCAGCUCUGCCAGCUCCAGCGGCGACUACAGCACCGGAUACAACGGAGGCUACAACGGAGGCUACAACGGAGGUUACAACGGCGGCUACAACGGCGGCUACAACGGAGGCUACAGUGGCGGAAAUUCCGGACUGGGCUUCGGUGCCGGCUGGAAGCGCGGCGGCAUCUUCGAGAAGCUGGUGGGCUGCUAGAUCGGAACAUCCCAGAAUAUAGUCACCAAAAAAAAAAACACCAAUAAGAACCACAACCUCAAGCGUAACCAUAAACGUACUCAACUAUUUUUUUUCUAGUUCUAAUUCUAAAAACGAAUAAUCGUAAUUUUUUUUGUUAAAUCUACCUACUUAUAUAAUAUGAUAUGUAGAACCGAAACGAAGCGAUCUGUAAAUAUACAAAUACAAUCCACAAUGUA